CGCUGCUGCCUUCUGCCGUCUUCAAUAGUAGAUCGACAAUAGAUGGAGGCGUUCGCCUUCUUCCAGGCGAUUCCAGGGCGACGUCUUAGGGUUCAUCGUCGCUCCCGUCUCGCGCAAUGAUCUCGUGGGAAUUUGUGGAAGAGCUCACCUAUUUCCUACCGCCACGACGCCAUCCGAAGAUCUAAAUCUGCGGCCCUUGGAGAUUUCGUUUCCAGCGAUGUUUCUUACUCCCUUUCACUUUCUAUUUUGAUUUCGUCCGUUUGUUUGGAGCCGUGCGCUUUUGGAUGAGGAAGGUGGCGAUGGGUGCGGGCGAAAUGCUUGUCGAAAUCCAUCCUCAGGAACUCAGGUUCACUUUUGAGUUGAAAAAGCAGAGUUCAUGUUCUGUUCAACUUGUCAACAAAUCCAAAGAUUUUGUUGCAUUCAAGGUUAAAACUACAUCUCCUAAGCGAUAUUGUGUUCGUCCAAAUACAGGAAUCAUUCUACCAAGAUCAACAUGCGAUUUCAUAGUUAUUAUGCAAGCAUCAAAGGAAAUCCCAUCUGAUAUGCAGUUAAAAGAUAAGUUCCUGAUUCAGACCACAGUUGUUCCUUAUGGUAGCAUGGAUGAGGACAUUAUUCCAAGUUUUUUCUCAAAAGAAACUGGUAGGUAUAUCCAAGAGAACAAGUUGAGAGUUGUUCUUGUCAGUCCACCACAUUCUCCAGAGGUAGAAACAAACCAAGAGGUUUUCAAGCAGGAUCUGUCCUUUAAAGCUCUUGAUUCAGCUGACCCUAUUGUAACUGUUGAGAGUGAUUCGAAGAGUGAGUUAGUUAAGGAAGUUCUUAUGGUGAGAGAAACAUCUGUUUCAAACAAUGGAGCCGCCACAAAUGAGGCUAAUCAGGGAGAGCCUAUUUUGAAAGAGACGUGCAUAGCAAAUGAUCAAGAACUUGGAAUAGCUAACUUUACCCCAUUGCAUGUUGCUAAAGAUAUUGAUGACUUGAAGUUGCAGUUGGAUAGUCUUGUAUUGAAGCUGAAUGAGGCUGAGAAGACUAUAGCAAGCCUAAAGGAGGAGAUUAAUGCUUCUACCCAAGAGAGAGAUAAAUUCAAAGGAGAAAUUGCUCUGCUAAGAAGAUAUACUGCAAAGGAGCAGACAGGCUUUCCAUUCUUAUUUGUGGUCUUGAUGGCGCUCGUUGGCAUGGCACUUGGGUAUGCACUUAACUCAUGACUAUUAUCAUCUUGAAGAUGAAAACUAUGCACUCGUAUAAAAUCUUACUCAGACACCAUACCUGUAGAAACAUAUUAAUAUCCGAAACUCAAAUGCCAGAUUAUUCUGGACUGUACGCACGUGAAGAUGACAGUUUUCAUUUAGACUGAAAUUACCUUUGAAUCCAAAUAAACCAGAGUUUCCUA